AAUUUAAGCAGGUAGAAUAAUACGAUUUAAAAUAUAUCUCAAAAAUCUAUUUAUAUUUAAUUUCGUCUAAAUUUCGUUUCCAACAUUGCAGCCGACACGUCCGCAGUCUUUUACUAAAAAUGAUUCCCAAGCUGUUCCAGUGGUUGCUGGCAGGCGUGACAUUCAUUGUGUUGUGGAUUGCCCUGGUACUCGGCUAUAGAGAACAGGAUGGGACCAGCACCUCCACACCAACUGUGGUUCUGUUUCUUCCAUUAUAUGUGAUAAUUACUUUUGGGUUAUUUUCCGUGGCUGUGAUAGGAUACAGAGUUGCGACCUUUAAUGACUGCAUUGAGGCUGCUAAAGAAUUACAAACAGAAAUCGAGGAAGCAAAAGCAGAUUUAAAGUCAAAAGGAUUUAAGUUUGACUGAAUGCUUUCAGUACACAUUUACACUUUUGUAUAUAUAUAUAUAUAUAUAUAUAUAUGUCUGGAACUUGGCAGGUUUCAAAAUGAUUUCAAUGCAAUACCAGCAGAUAGACACUGAUAGCAAUUAAACUUGAUGUUUAGCAAUUAAACUUGAUGUUUUUAAGUCCAGUACUCGAGAUCUGUGCACAGGAUUAAGGAAUUAUUCAAGUCAUGCUCUUGGAUAACGGGGAUUAUUGCAUGUGUGUAAAGUGUCAUCCCAGAUUUGCUUAUCCAGUCUGCACAUGCUAAUCAGGGAGGACACUAUACACUUUCAUGGAUUUUUUUGUGUGUACAGGAAGUCUCUUCUCAGCGUGAAUCCUGUUUAGGCAGAAAGUGUCGUCCCUGAUAAGUCUGUGCAGACUCCCUAAUCUUGGAACACACUUUACAUACAUAUAUCAAGACUGUUUGUUUUCCCCAGAGCUUUAGACUUAAUUGUUAUUUAAAUGUUAAGUCAGGAUCUUUAUAAAAAGGGGGACAAGUUUUAAUGUGCAUUGUGAACUGCCUGGAUAAAUGUGUUAAAAGUACUUUGUAACCAAAACAUUUUUGACCGAUACUCGAGUGGACUGGUUUCUUAAUAAUUGUUAUUUUACAUGUUAUCAAGUGCUAUGUACAUUGUUUUAUCAUUCUGUUAAAAUGCCCUGUAUAUAUUAACUUGAAUGAAAUCCCAUAUACAUUUUCAUUCAUUUGAAUCAUUCAUUUACAGUUUUUCCAUAUACAAAUAUAUAUGUAUUCACAUGAUUUAGUUUUUAUGUUUAACUGUGUAACAGUUAACAUAAAGACCUCUAUGUCUGUGUUUGUUUAUUUUCAAGUUCAUGAGGUUCUUUCCGAGCCAGAGGCUACAUUCUGUGUAGACCUGGAGUGUGCCCCAGUACUCCUACCUAAUUAAAUAACUAGACUCACGAAAGUUGGUAGGAAUUUUAAAUUAUAGCUGCAAUGUACAGGUAUUUGGUUGUUACUGAAAGAUUGUUAAUUUUGGUGUGGUAUUGUGUUAUGGGGGGGAAACAGGAGUCCCGGAAGGAAACCUUAGCUGUCCGGUAUGGUCCAGUAUAGUGACCACCAUUCAAACUCACAUGCUAGCCACUUCUUCGUCUUAAUAGUAAAUAAAGCUCAUUGCAAUGCA